ACUCGCAUGCACACACACACACACACACACAGACGCAUGCACAUACACACACACGCAGCCCACGGCGCCCUGCACAGUCGCGUGCUCGGAUCGGAACGCGUGCACACUUUGUUUUCGUUUCUCUCUAACCAAAUUGCGGGAUAAACCUGAAAGAAAAAUGGUGCCAAAGAGCUCGUUUGCACUGCUCGCGCUGUUGACCUGUUUCGUCUCUCAGGAAGUUGGAGCCCAAGUGUUUCUCAAUAUGGAGGACGUCGUUGAAGUGUAUAAAGGUGAUUCGGCCGUCAUUCGCUGCCAAUACAGUUUUGCACAGAAUCCCAGUGUGGUCAUGGUGCAAUGGUUUGUGCGUGGUCCUGGAGGCAGAAGAAUAAGGAUCUCCUACAGCGACCUCACCAUGCAAAAGGUGGACCAUAACACGACCUACACGGACCGCAUCAGCAUCGCAGGGGACAUGACCGGCGAGAACCUGACCAUUGUGGACGCCAGACUCUCAGAUGAGAGGGAGUUUUUCUGUCAGGUCAACGGCCUCGCAGCUGGCAACGGAGAGGGAAGGACCCACCUGAAGGUUUUCAACCCCCCAGAGCCUCCGACGAUAGAAGCAGUUCGUUCGGGUGUUUCAGUGACCAGUCUGUUACCUUCAAAGAUCGCAAGUUGUGAAACAAGAGGAGGCUUCCCCAAGCCGAACAUCACCUGGUAUCGCAAUCAUGAACCGCUUUAUCCCCAAAUUGGUCAAGUAAAUGUGGUUACCCUGGUGGCCAAGGGGCCCAGCGGGCUGUACACGGUCGAGAGUGAGCUCCAUUAUACAGUUGCAAGGGAAGAUAGCGACUCGGUGUUCUCAUGCGAGGUCAGCUAUUACGUUCCCGGGGCCAUACGGACGGCUGAAUCCAGAGAAGUCAACAUCACCGUGCACUACCCAACAGUCAAAGUGGACAUGUGGAUGGAAUCACCCAUAGGCUUGGUCAAAGAGGGGGACACAGUGGAGAUCCGUUGCCGGGGCGAUGGCAAUCCCCUGCCGACCAUCACUUUCAGCCGAGAACAAGAGGUGGAUGUGGGUCUGGAGGCUGAAGGUAACGUGCUGGUACUGAAGGACGUGACACGGAGAGACAGCGGCUUGUACCAUUGCCUGUCUUUGGACCUGGACUCGGUAGAUUCUGAUGUAGGGGCGAGUCUUGAGCUUUCUGUGAACUACCUUGACCCAGCUGUGGUGGUUCCCAAAGACUCGGAGAUCAUGCUAAAAGGAGAAAGUCUGACAGCAACAUGUAACGCUUUGUCCUCUCUAGAGACGGCCACAAUAUGGUUUAAGGAUGGUGUCGUGUUAAGACGGGGACACGUGCUGCAGCUGCAGGACGCUACGUUUGACACAGCUGGACGUUAUGAUUGCGAGGUGACCGUCCCGUCCAUACCUGGCCUGCAUACCAGUGGAUCGGUCCAUAUAAUAGUGCAGGGCGCUCCUGAGUUGAAAGACGUGGAGAAGGAGGUGGCUUUGAUGGAAAGAGUGGGCAAGUGGCUAAACCUGACCUGUGAAGCCAGAGGAAUUCCACGACCCAUAAUUACUUGGAACGUAACCGGCAGCCCUAAUUCACGUGAAGUUCUCAAGAAAGAGACAGAGGACGUUGUCCUUAGCAUCUUGACCCUGAAGGUGACCAUGGAUACGGUUGCUACGUGCAGCGCCACAAACGUGAUGGGUGCCGAAACUAGGAACUACACAAUCACAAGCAUUCCUAUCGUCACCCCGACAGCGAGGAACACUGCAGUCGAUAACAGAGGGGUGAUGAUCGUGGUCGUAAUCAUCAGCCUUCUCCUCUUAGCCAUCUUGGGCAGUGUGCUGUACUUCCUGUACAAGAAGGGCAAGCUGCCGUGUGGACGUUCUGGCAAACAGGAGAUCACCAAAGAGACGACCAAUAAGGAUAGUAUUGUGGUGGAGAUGAAGGCAGACAAGACGGAAAAGACGGAGAAGUCGGGAUUACUGACUGGUGUCAAUGGCAACAAUAAACCUCAAAGUGACCAGCACACUGACCUGCGCAAAUGAGGCCAAAACCUGAGAACAGAAGAUUCCAGCACAACAACACAACAACCGAGAGCUAACCGGAUACGAAUAACGUCUGCUGGAACAGCUGAAUAAAGAGGACAUGUUUUGUCCACCUUUUCUUUUUUUCUUUCUGAUUGGCCGCAUCGAACUAAAGCGAGCUCGUUCAUCCACGCCAGUUUUUUAUUCUUCUUCAUUUCGGCCCACAAACCUUUUAUUUUAUUCUGUAAUUCCCAUCCACCUGAGGAAUUUCGAUGUCACCGUUUCCAUGUAUGGCCUUUUAUACCCAUUUGAAAAGUGUAUAUAGUAUAUAUAAUAUUUAGGUAAACUUGAACCAUACGGCAGAUUGUUUUUUUUUUUUUUACUGGAUUACGGAAUUUGAUUACAUACGUCAAUGGGACAAAAAAUUUUCAUUUUCAUAAAAGAAAGAAAAAAAAAAGCUUGGUCACACAGUAUUUCUAUAAACUGUGUAACACUGCCGUAGACUCAGUAGAACCACUACAAACAUAAUCACAUUCCUCAUUGUGAUUUUUUUUUUCCCAGUACGAUAAUGUAGUUCUCAUUUUAAUUUUAUGGUUUAUGGAUAGUAACUCAAAAAUCUGCUUGCGUACAGUCAUGUUCUUUCUUUUUUUAGCUAGUGUGAAGAGAAGCUGGUAAUCCGAACAGACCAGAAAACUCAGCAUGUAGAGCCGAUCACCACUGUAGACUUGUUUGUGUUUUUUUUUGUCGAUCAGAGAGACUACUGCUUUUGUAAAUAUCGUCGGCAGACUAAACUGUAGCACGUUCAGCUGCAGUUAAAACGGCCAUGUUUGUUACACUGAGACUUGUUUUGUUAGGGCCUGAUUGUGUGUGUGUGUGUGUGUGUGUGAGUUUUCUUGUUUGAAACAAGUGAUUUCACGAGCUUGUUUUGUCUCCUCACACUGUUGCGGAUGAGUCGCGGGAUUCUAAAGGUUUCAGAAACCAGCUUACGGUUUGUCCUCUUAUACACCUGUACUGUAAGGAGUUUGGAGGGUAAUAUAGUAGCUCUGAGCUUCACUUUGACAGGAUUAUGGAGUAGGGACUACUUUUUCCAGCUGCCACCGUUUUCCACAUCACGUGACCCAAUCACAACAUCACCGAGCACAUUCACAGCUCGUUAGCACACGUGCUACCCUGCACAUGUUUCACUGCUAAUAAACUGUGUGAAAUUGUGAUUAGGUCAUGUGAUGUGAUGUAAGCAUGGAUGUCCAGUGGAUGCUGAGAAAUCUACAAAUCUACAUUAGUCUCGGGUGUGUCCCGGCUGAUUCAAUACAUAGCAGGGAAAUUGUUUGGCCCCCAAAAAAACAGAAAAGUUUGACUGCUGUAUAUGUUUCUAUAACUUUUUUUAAACCCCAGUGAAGAAGAUAAUGGUUCGAUCGUUUCUAAAGAUGCGCCUCGUUGUCGUAGGAUGAUUCGUUUUCAUGAUGGAUCACAUGCUUCAUUUUGGUGUUUUAUCCACUUAUACCUGGAAAAUACUAAAUUAUAGAAUUCCUGUUACUAUAUUUUUUUAAUUCCCUGAACUAUGUCCAACAAUCAGACGUCCUCGUCCGUUUAUUUAAUCUCACAAUCUCGCGUCUCUUCCGACAAGACAAACCCGGAUUUCAAAUGUAUAUAAACCCGCUCACGUGUGGUUCCUUGUUUUGUUUCGUUGUUAUAGUAAAUGUUAAUGUAGUUCUGCUUAUGUGUGUAAAUUAAGAAAUGUGAUUUGACGCUUGUGUUUUUUUAUACACUGUAAUUUCCUUUUUUUCUGCAAAAACAAUGCCAAAUAAAGAUAUGUUACACUCUA